AUGAAAGAAGUUAUUCAAGAAGCGGUAAGGCAGCUUGAAGACCAGAACCCUUGCGUACUGGCUACUGUAGUGCGUACCAAGGGCUCAACUCCCCAGAAAUCUGGAUCCAUGCUGCUGGUCAGGCAGGAUGGGACCGGUGUAGGCACGUUGGGUGGGGGUUGCGUUGAAGGCGAUAUUUGGUAUGCGGCCAAAGAAAUGUUGCGUAACCACAGCGGCCCCGAAUUUAAAGACUAUUUCUUGAACGAAGAUAUCGCCGCCCGGGACGGUCUCGUUUGCGGCGGCACGAUGUACUUUUACCUGGAACCCAUGUGGGAGCCUUCGGCCUUCGUGGACAUUGGUAGUCAGCUUAUUGACGCUUACGAGGGAGGCGACCCGGUAGGUUUGGCCACGGUAGUCAACGUGCCUGAUGGCGGAAUUAACCUGGGGGCCAAGCUGAUUCUCAAAGUGGAUGGCACAGUUUCCGGUACCUUGGGCAGCGUUGAAUUGGAUGACAAGGCUGUGAGGGUAGCCCAGCAAGUUGCAGAUGUAGGGUCCAACGAGAGUUUCGUCACCGAAGAUGGCACCGAAGUUUUUGUCGAGGGAUUCACAACUCCGCCUACUCUAGCGGUAAUUGGUGGUGGUCACGUGGGAAAGGCGACUGCCGACUUGGCGAACUCGCUUGGCUAUCGAGUAUUCGUGGUAGACGACCGCCCAGAAUUCGCAAAUUCUGAGCGCUUCCCUUAUGCCGAGCAGACGGUAGUCUCCAGCUAUGACCGCUGGUUCGAGAAAUUGACAAUUAACGUAAAUACUUUCAUCGUGGUCGCUACCAGGGGCACCGUUUUUUGA